GCGGCCGCCGGCUACCGGGCUGGGGUCCCUGGGAUGCUAGUCUGAGUGGGCCCGGCUGCUGGGCCGCCGGCUCCGGUGCAUGGGCCUCCUCCGAGGCGGGGCCGCGUGCGCUCGGGCCAUGGCGCGCCUGGGCGCCGUGCGCUCGCACUACUGCGCGCUGCUGCUGGCCGCGGCGCUGGCGGUGUGCGCCUUCUACUACCUAGGCUCGGGCCGGGAGACCUUCUCCAGCGCCACCAAGAGGCUGAAGGAGGCCCGCGCCGGGGCCGCCGCGCCCACGCCUCCCGCGUUCGAGCUGGCCCGGGGCUCGGCGGCGCCGGCGUCGGGCCCCAAGGCCAAGGGCCUGGAGGGCGGCGUGGCGGCGCCGGUGGACUACCACCUGCUGAUGAUGUUCACCAAGGCGGAGCACAACGCGGCGCUGCAGGCCAAGGCCCGAGUGGCGCUGCGCUCGCUGCUGCGCCUCGCCAAGUUCGAGGCGCAUGAGGUGCUCAAUCUCCACUUCGUGAGCGAGGAGGCCAGCCGCGAGGUGGCCAAGGCCCUGCUGCGGGAGCUCCUGCCGCCCGCCGCCGGCUUCAAGUGCAAGGUCAUCUUCCAUGAUGUUGCUGUGCUGACAGACAAGCUUUUUCCCAUCGUGGAGGCCAUGCAGAAGCACUUCAGUGCCGGCUCAGGGACCUACUACAGCGACUCCAUCUUCUUCCUCUCAGUUGCCAUGCACCAGAUCAUGCCCAAAGAGAUCCUGCAGAUCAUUCAGCUGGACCUUGACCUGAAGUAUAAGACCAACAUCCGAGAGCUGUUUGAGGAGUUUGACAACUUCCUGCCAGGUGCUGUUAUCGGCAUAGCCAGAGAGAUGCAGCCUGUGUACAGGCACACAUUCUGGCAGUUCCGCCAUGAGAACCCCAAGACCAGAGUUGGGGACCCUCCGCCUGAAGGGCUUCCCGGCUUCAACAGUGGAGUAAUGCUGCUGAACCUGGAGGCCAUGCGCCAGUCUCCGCUCUACAGCCGUCUGCUGGAGCCCGCACGGGUACAGCAGCUUGCAGAAAAGUACCACUUCCGGGGCCACCUCGGGGACCAGGACUUCUUCACCAUGAUUGGCAUGGAGCACCCCGAGCUUUUCCACGUGCUGGACUGCACUUGGAACCGGCAGCUGUGCACCUGGUGGAGGGACCAUGGCUACAGCGAUGUCUUCCAAGCAUACUUUCACUGUGAGGGCCACAUCAAGAUCUACCAUGGAAACUGCAACACCCCUAUCCCAGAAGACUAGGCGCCAGCUCACCCGCUGUGCCUGUGGGGCCCCCAGGCCUGUGGAAGAAAGAGUGACUCUCCAAGGAUGCCCUUUGGGAUCAAGGUGCUGCAGGCUCCCAGCUGGCCGGUCCCCAUCCAGUGGCCAUCCAAAGCAGCUUAGCUGAGCACUGCUGGUGCUCAGGCUGCUCCUUCAGGGCAUCAUGAAGGACAGACACAGAAGGUUUCUGGGAGGUGGAAGGAAAAAUGCACCCUUGUCCACAUGGAAUCAAAACCCUUUUAAAGAACUGGCGUUGGCUGGACCAAAUCAGCACCUAGAGCAAUAGGCUUGUGCUUUGUGAGAAAGAACAAGCCGUGCUGCCGCAGUUCCCAGGAGCACUGAACGAGUGAGUCAAGGUUUUAACAAGUAGCCCAGAGCUUAAGCCUCCAGAGGAACGCCACAGCCCCACAUCCUUUCCCAGGAGGCUUUGCACCUCCUCUGGAUGUUCACCUUGCUUGGUGCAGGCUUCAAAAGAAGCAACUCUUUAGAUAAGGCCUGAGCAUAUGUAAUAAUCCCCUUAUAGCAUCCACAGCUGUCAUCUCCCCCCCCCCAUUAUAUCCCAGAACCCCAUUUUCCCUUGCCCAUUCACCUGUUCCAGGUGACCUGACUUUAUUAAGGAAUCAAAUUUACCAUCAAAGAACGGAGACUGGCCAUGCCGAAACAUGCACUGGAAUUGUCUGGACUCAGAAGGUUCAUUCCAAGGAGCAACCUAACGGCUCACAAACACAACAGGGUGGGCUUGGUCUCAUUGUAGUCCCUGGAGAGGGGGGAAAACACAUAAUUUCCUAUUGCACCGUGCCAGGCCCUGCCCCUCCAUAGAAGCAAGCACAUUUCUAUAUUUGUGGUGGGCCCUGUCAGUCAGCUGCCCACAUGAAGCCCCCAAAGGUCAUGCCCAUACAGUCCAGCCCAUGCCCUCAGGCAAGAAAUGUGAGCUUCUGGUUAUAUUUUCUUUCAGUUUCAUUGACUUUUAAUUUUUCUUUCACCAUGAGCGAGAAUAGCUAAUAAAUAAUCUUUGAGAACACUUGA